UCUUUGAAAUAACCAUCUGUUUAUAAACGUUAUUUCCCAUGAUAAGAAGAAGAUAUGAGAUAUAUUUCGAAGAAUAGAUAGCGCUUUCUUGUAGAAUACUUAUACGAAAGAUCGUAGAUGCGUGUAGUAGCUCUUUAACUAACGCUUUUGUGUCCACUUUCGGUACUAAAAUAUUGAAUUGCUUUCGAUGCCUGCCCAAAACCAUAGCACCAAUAAGUGCGCGUAUUUUCCUUGUAGAGAAGAAACCGUUGGAAAAAUGUGUGCGUAGUGAAAGAUCCUUCGUUUCAUUUAAUCGUAUGUGUCCGGUUACCCGUGCGAACUUAUUCCAAUCAAUUUUGACGUAUUUUCUAAACAAAAUUAACAAAACACCAUGGAUAAGAGAAAAAUGUCCACUGCGGGGGAUUCCCUCUAUCAAAUAUUGGAUAUACCAAAGACAGCGACACCUGAAGAAAUAAAGAAAACUUACAGAAAAUUAGCGCUUAAAUAUCAUCCUGAUAAAAAUCCAAAUAAUCCUGAAGCGGCAGAAAAGUUUAAAGAAAUAAAUAGAGCGCACACCAUAUUAACGGAUUUAACAAAGCGCAAUAUAUACGAUAACUAUGGAUCACUUGGCUUGUACGUUGCUGAACAGUUUGGAGAAGAAAACGUUAAUGCUUACUUUGUUGUAACUUCUGGAUGGUGCAAAGCACUACUCGUAUUUUGUGGAAUUAUCACUGCUUGUUAUUGUUGUGCCUGUUGUUGUUGCUGCUGCAACUGCUGUUGUGGGAAAUGCAAACAAACUCCUCCUGAAGACAGUGGUAUAUACCAUAAUUUACAGCGGGACCAGAAUCCGGACGUCGAUGUUGUGACAAGUCAACCCUUAGGGUUCUCAAAGGAAGAGGAAAGCGACGAAGAACCAGUGACUGUACAACCUCAGGGUGGUGCAUCGCAAGGUGCCACCUCUAAUCUUCAACAGGUGUUUGCCAUGCCACCACCUCCAUCUUCAACACCUGCGAAUGAGAGUACGAACCUGAACAGCGGUGGGGAUCGUGUGAUUUAUACUACUGCUGCUUCAACGAAUCCUUUCAUAGCAUCGACAACUGGAGUAAGCAGUGGUACAGGACCAACUAAAUGGUAGUCGUCUAUUGACUAAGAAAAAAUGAAAACUACUAACUAAUAGAUCUAUUGCGAUAAAUGCUAUGGUGAUAAUGAUAAUGAUUGAUGAUGAUGAUAACGAUGACAAUGAAUAAUCUCUUUCUUAACAACUAAAAUCACAGACUUUUGCGUACUUAAUCAAUUCGAGUCCGUGAUAAAAUUAUGUGCUUCUUCUUCUUCUUCUAAUUACUAUUACAAUACACGACACACAAAUACUCUUUUCGCUUUUCUUUCUCUAGAUUCUAAACGCUCGUGCUUUUUUCAAAAGAAUUUAAACACAACAAAAAUAAAAUUAAAAGAAAAGAAAAUAGAAUAACUUGAAAGAAAAAAAAAAAAAGAAAGAAAGAAAAGAACACAAAAAAAAAAAGGAAAAAUGAAUAAUAUUAAUGAUAAUUAUAAUAAGCACUUAAGUCGUUCUUCCCUUUUGUCGCACUUCCUUUAUGUGUAUUACUUAAUUAAUUAAUUAUUAUUAUUAGCAAAUAUAUAUAACUGUAUAUCUCGUUUCUCUAAUCUCAAACCAAAGAGAGAUGGUAAUAAUGUUAAAAGUUGCUCUUUUACGUUUACAUUUUAAGAUAGUAAAUAUCCUAUAAAUUAUAAUAUUGUCUACAAUGAAAUGAUGAAAUUCGCAUUCUCGAGAAAUUAUUACAAAAGAAAAGAAAACAAAUAUUUUCACAAUUGGAAACACUAUAGAAUUCUUAACAUUCUUCGUUAGUUUGCUUUCAUUUAACAAUAAAUUUAAAAAGAUUUACUUUGAUGAUUACGUCAAAAAAGAAUUAGAUGUCAUUUUACAUUAUUCGAGAGGAUGCUCAGAAAAUAAAUCAAAUUGAUUAGGAUUAAGGAGAGGAAGAAAUCAAUUAAAAGAAAGAAAAAAUAAAUAAAUAAAAAUUAACAAAAGUUUGCUAAAGUUCACAACAUAUAUACAACGUCGCAGCGAUAUAUGAUAGAUAAAAAAUGAAAAAAAAAAAACAAAAAAAAAGAAAUAAAACAUAAGAAGAAUCUUGAAAUCGUUGUAAACUUACUACAUUUUAUGUACUGUUGAACGGUGCAUUCCAUUUACUUCUAAGAGUUAAACUUUACAAAUCCUUCGAGUUAUUUAUGUACGAUAUAUAUACAAAAUAAUAAUUAAAAAGAAAAAAAAAAGAAAGAAAAAAAGAACGUAAAGUCCUAAUAAAGCUUUUAAAGCUACAAGGAGAAGAAUGAUUCAAUUAAA